CCAAUCCUAACACUAUUUUUGGUAUCCAUUUUGGUUGCUAGCUUCCUCCCCCUACUACCAUGGCGGCCAUGAUAAUCAAGUCAAAGCAAUGCCUACGUCUCCCCUCCCACCUCAUCUCUCCUCUCUCCACACUCACCUCUCCAGCCCUACAAACUCUCGAAGAACCCGAAUUAAUCAAACCCAUCCUCCAUCUCUCCCCAUCCGAAACCCUAAUUUCAGACCAACUCCACUCCCUAAUCAAAACCCACCACCGCAACAACCCCAACCCCACCUCCAAUCUCUCUCUCCCCACUCUCUCCUUCGAUCUCUCCCAAAUCUCUCCCAUCUCUCUCUCUCCCAACGUCAUUCGCCAUGUCAUCCACAAAUGCGGGUCCCCCCGCCACGGUAUCCCCUUUAGCCAGACUCUCGCGUUCUUUAAUUGGGCUGAUAAAUUGUGUAGUGAUGCUUAUAAUGAUAUGAUUGACCUUUGUGGAAAGGUGCGCGCAUUUGAUGUGGCGUGGGGUUUGAUUGAUGAUAUGAAGGAGAAUGGAAUUGAGGUGUCGAAUUCGACGUUUUCGGUUUUGAUUAGGCGGUAUGUGAGGGCGGGGUUGGCUAGUGAGGCGAUUCUUGCGUUUAAUAGAAUGGGGGAGUAUGGGUGUGUGGCUGAUAAGAUUGCGUUUACUAAUGUUGUUUCGAUUCUUUGUAAGAAGAGGAGGGCGGUUGAGGCUCAAGAGUUUUUUGAUGGGUUGAAGGGGAAGUUUGAGGCGGAUGUUGUGGUGUAUACUAGUUUGGUUAAUGGGUGGUGCAGGGCGGGGAAUAUUUCAGAGGCUGAAAGGGUGUUUAGUGAGAUGAAGGAGGUUGGGAUUCAGCCGAAUGUUUACACUUAUAGUAUUGUUAUUGAUGCGUUGUGUCGGUGUGGGCAGAUUACGCGAGCUCAUGAUGUGUUUGCGGAGAUGAUUGAUGCGGGAUGUCAGCCGAAUGCUAUUACAUUUAAUAAUUUGAUGCGGGUGCAUGUCAAGGCUGGACGGACAGAGAAGGUUUUGCAGGUGUAUAAUCAGAUGAGGAAGCUAUCUUGUGCUGCCGAUACUGUUACUUAUAAUUUUCUUAUAGAGAGUCAUUGUAGGGAUGAGAAUCGGGAUGAGGCUGUUAAGGUUAUCAAUACAAUGGUCAGAAAAGGGUGUGAGGCAAAUGCUUCUACAUUUAACCCGAUAUUUAGGUGUAUUUUGAAAGCAGGGGAUGUUAAUUCUGCUCACAGGUUGUUUGCGAGGAUGAAAGAGAUAAAGUGUAAGCCUAAUACAGUGACAUACAAUAUACUGAUGAGGAUGUUUGCUGAUUCUAAGUCUGCUGACAUGGUUAUCAAGCUUAAAGAAGAGAUGGACGAGGGUGAGAUUGAGCCUAAUGUGAAUACUUACAGGAUUCUGAUAUCCCUAUAUUGUGGGAUGGGACACUGGAAUAAUGCUUACAAGUUUUUCAGAGAAAUGAUGGAAGAAAAAUGCUUGAAGCCUAGUGAGGCAGUGUAUGAAAUGGUUUUGCAGCAGCUGAGAAAAGCAGGACAGAUAAAGAAACAUGAAGAAUUGGUAGAGAAAAUGGUCAUUAGAGGUUUUGUGGCUCGGCCUUUAUAAUUUUUUCACAUUGUUGUUUCAUUUUUACUGCAAUAUUUACAUUGUAACUUUGCAGUCUCAGUUUCAUUCUCUUUGUUGUCUUAAUGAGCUUAAGUUUAUACACCAGCAAAUUUUUGGGGUCAUUACUGAAGUUGCCACAAUUGUUUUUGGAUAUUUGAGUUACUUGAGCUUGUAGAUUCGUAAAUAAAGCAAGCAAACCUGUCAACUA